GAAAGGAGGAGGUUAAUGUUAUGUGAAAUGAAGCCACUUCCUGUGGAUUCUAGAAUAUUGUCACUGACUGCUCAGAUUACUGAAAGCCCUGAUCAGGAUAUUCCUGUGUUGCUGCUAAAGUUAAAAGAAAUUUUAACGAGUGCAUCCCCUGGAAGUAAUGAAUCAAAGAAGAUUAAACAAGACUUAUACUAUUGUGAUCUAGUUCAGUACUGUCUACUAGUCCUUAAGCAAGAUUAUACAAAAGUGCCUGGAGGCUGGACUACUGCUGCCCAGAUAGCAGAGAUAUUAAGUCAGUGUUGUGUUGGUCUUGAGGUGAAAACAGAACAUGAGGAGUUUUAUAAUAAGCUGCUUCCUUCUGCUACAGACAGUCUCCUCUUCUUGGGAAGGCGUUUACAUGCACGAUUUGUCCGGGCAAUCAAGGAUGAAGAAAGAAAUGAAUUUCUACAUUGUUUCAGGACAGUAACUGAUGCCAUCUGUUGGUUGUGUGGAGGUCACAUUCAUCUAGUAGAAAAUGUGCUUCAGAAUAAACACUUCCAGCAAUUGCUGACAACUGAUGAUGCUGAAACAUCAACUGUGAUUCUGACACUCCUGCAGAAUAUUUUAAGGACCAAUAGUAAAGCAUUAGUUCAAGUAACUGAAAAAGCCCUACAUUUCCUUUUGGAUGAACUCGUUUACAAGAUUUCCUCUACUACGCACCCUGCCAGAGGAAAUGCAACUAUUAAACUGUUACUUGUGAUCACAGAAUCUGAUGCCCAACUUGUCACAACAAUGAUUGCCCGCUACAAAGGACUACAGACUCUUCUAAGCAAGCAGUGGACUGGCAAAGGAUUUGACAAGAAUCUCAAUCAGUUUCUGGACUUGUUGGAUGCAGAAAACUCCAAUGCUGGUCAAAUACAGCGACUGCAUCAAGCAGCUUGCUUAAUCCAGGCAUUUUGGAGAGGAUUUCAGACACGAAAAAGAUUAAGGCAGCUUCCAAAAGCUGUAACAGCCUUGCAAAGGAAUUUUAGAGCUAGGAGAGAACAGGAGUUACAAAGUUUAAAAAGGCAGAGAGAAGAAGAACACCUCUGUCAACAACUGCAGCUUCAAAGACAGAGAGGCAUGAGGCUGUUUCAUGAACGACAGCUAACACUAUUGGAAAUUGUCCAUGCAGGUCAAGUAGAUAAGCAUAUAUAUGAAAUGAAAAAGAAGGCAGCCCUAACUAUCCAAAGGUACUGGAGAGCAUUUAAAGCAAGGAGAAAUUUUCAUCAGCAAAAAAGAUCUCUCAAGGAAUAUAAAGCAGCUGUCCUCAUUCAGAGAGCGGUGCUUAAAUUCUUGGAGAAGAAAAGAAGAAAAGCAUAUUCUCUCUGGAAGAAGCCUGAAUCUCUUUCGGAUGAACAGAGGAUAUUGUUGCAGCAAAAAGUGGAAAGCUAUAUCAAACUGCACCCAGUAUGUCAUCAUUACACCCCUAUCCACUGGAUUCUCUUUUCAAACUUGUUGAAGGUUCCUGAAUAUUGCGAAAGAUUCUCAGACAUAUCAUUUACAUGCAGCAAUGUCUAG